CAGAACAACAACCAAGGACAAUCUAACACUCAAGUUGGAGGAGCCCAAACUAACGUUGGAUCUAAUGCUAACACCAUUAACGUCGGACAAACCAACAACAAUGGUGGAGGACAGAAGACACCAAGCUACGAUGCUAAAAUCAAGAAAGCUCCAGAGCCAGAACCAGAACAAGCCUACCGUCGCCGUGCAUAA